AACUGUCCCGACGAGUUCCCCCUGCACAACUGUGUUAAUUUUAUGUUUGCACGUGUUAUGACUUGCUUUUUGCGUUAUGGAAUAUUCUGGAACUUAAACUGUCCAGGAACCGUGAAGUAAGGACAUUUGAAGACACGCAUGCGCGUCCCAGUUCUCGAUAUUUCCUCACGUGGAGAGAUUCCCCUUCCGCUUGUCAGAUCCACAUUCAAGAAGAAAUCGGGGCUCAACAUCACAAGGUCUCAACGACUACCACUUAAAAAUGGCUUUCAGGAAAUUCCUUCCCAUGUUUGACCGGGUGCUGGUGGAGCGUCUGGCUGCAGAGACUAUGUCGAAGGGGGGCAUUAUGCUGCCAGAGAAGGCCCAGGGCAAGGUGCUGCAGGCCACAGUGGUGGCAGUGGGACCAGGCUCCACCAACCAGGAUUUCUACAACUGGCCGGAUGAAUCCUUUGAGGAGAUGGACAGCACGCUGGCUGUACAACAGUACAUUCAGCAGAACAUCCGGUCAGACUGCUCCAGUAUCGAUAAGAUCCUGGAGCCACCAGAGGGACAGGACGAGGGGGUGUGGAAGUAUGAGCACCUCAGGCAAUUUUGUCUGGAGCUGAAUGGACUAGCUGUGAAACUGCAGAGUGAGUGCCACCCAGAGACCUGCACCCAGAUGACCGCCACAGAACAGUGGAUCUUCCUGUGUGCUGCACACAAGACCCCCAAAGAGUGCCCUGCCAUUGACUACACCAGGCACACGCUGGACGGAGCUGCCUGCCUUCUCAACAGCAACAAAUAUUUCCCCAGCCGUGUGAGCAUCAAGGAGUCCUCAGUGGCCAAGCUAGGCUCUGUGUGUCGCCGGAUCUAUAGGAUAUUCUCCCAUGCUUACUUCCACCAUCGCCAGAUAUUUGACAAGUAUGAGAACGAGACGUUCCUGUGCCAUCGGUUCACGCGCUUCGUGAUGAAGUACAACCUGAUGUCCAAGGACAACCUGAUUGUACCUAUCUUGGAGGAGGAGGUCCAGAACGCCUCAGCUGGGGAGAGCGAGGCCUGAGAGGAGAGCUGCACACAGGAGACCAGACGGGAGUUCAAAUACUAGAGUCAAAUACUGCUUGAUUGAGCUUGCCUGUUGCAAUGAAACCAAUGAGAGUCCCACAAGUGCAAACCCCGCCCACCUGGCACUCCAGGCAGGCUAUAGCAAACGCUCAAAGUAUUUGAAAAGCUACAGUCUCUCACUACUCUGUAGGGGAACGUUGCUUUAACCUUUGGAGCAGCUGGAUUUACAAAAGCUACAUUAAACCAUAAUACAGUUGGGGAAAAAAGUAUUUAGUCAGCCACCAAUUGUGCAAGUUCUCCCACUUAAAAAGAUG